AGCUGUACAGAGCUCCUCACUGUCAGCUAGCUUUAGUUUCCCUCUCAGCACCAUGACAUCAUCUGUACCCUGGAAAUUCCGCUCGCCCUCCAAUGCCCUCACCUCUGUCCCAGGCCUCAGAGUUCCUAUAAAGAGGGGUUCCCAGCUCAAGAUCAGCACAGGACACAGAAGGGUUCUGAAGCUUCUGGGUGCUGCAGUCCAAGCUCUGGGCGAAUUUCUCCUCUGCCAAGACCAUGAAGCUCUGCGUGACUGUCCUGUCCCUCCUCGUGCUCAUGGCUGCCUUCUGUUCUCCUGCGCUCUCAGCACCAAUGGGCUCGGACCCUCCCACGGCCUGCUGCUUUACUUAUACCCUGCGGAAGAUCCCUCGCAACUUUGUGAUUGACUACUAUGAGACCAGCAGCCUCUGCUCCCAGCCAGCCGUGGUAUUCCAGACCAAAAAGGGCAGGCAGGUCUGCGCCAACCCCAGUGAGCCCUGGGUCCAGGAGUACAUGGAUGACCUUGAAUUGAACUGAGCUGCUCUGAGCCCUGGGGCAGGUGUUCUGCAGGAAAGGUCACCUGAACCCGACGCUUUUCCGCGAGAUGCACCUUCUCCAUGCUCACAACUCCCUUCAGUAGUCCCUGUUCCUUCUCUUAAUUUAAUUUUUUUUUAUUCUGUGCUGUGUUAUUACUAUUCUUACUAUUGUUUCCCAUUAUUUAUGUUUGUUUUACCAAAGGACACAUGUCCCCCGUGGGGAUGGUCUGCCAUCACUGUUCCUCUGCUAUUGUGAAAACAUGGAUAAUAUAACUGAUUUCAAGUGUUUUUGUAAUAAAACUUUUUUUUUAAAUGUA